AUGCUCACCGAGCGCCUCCAUGCAGCGGGGUUGGUGCGUGAUGCUGGUGCUGUUGGUGGCGGCGACGCUGGAAAGGCUCAUCUGCAAGCGGCGCCUGCCGGGGGAGAUCGCCCACCAGUUUCUAUACCCGGACUGCCGGUGGGUGGGCCAGGGGGCGCCAUUGCUGGACUGCGCCAAGCCGGCCGUCUCCGGCUCUCGAAGGCACCACCACACCCGCUCACGCCCCCGCGCCCGCCCCCAGCACUGAGCCAGCUGAGCUCGCCCGCGCCGCCCACCGCCAUGAGAUUCUCCACGCCAGCAAACUGA